AUGGCAGAACCAGAAGUCGAUCUCGACUCUAUCAUUGAUAGACUGCUAGAAGUUAGAGGCAGCAGACCAGGCAAACAAGUACAGCUUUUGGAACAAGAAAUUCGUUAUCUUUGCACCAAGGCUCGCGAAAUUUUCAUCUCUCAACCUAUUCUCUUAGAGCUCGAGGCACCAAUCAAGAUCUGUGGUGAUAUUCAUGGUCAAUACUACGAUCUCCUCCGUUUGUUCGAAUAUGGUGGAUUUCCUCCUGAGGCUAACUACCUCUUCCUUGGUGAUUAUGUUGAUAGAGGCAAACAAUCCCUCGAGACUAUCUGUUUGCUCUUAGCAUACAAAAUCAAAUACCCAGAAAACUUCUUCAUCCUCCGCGGUAACCACGAGUGUGCCUCCAUCAACAGAAUCUACGGUUUCUACGACGAGUGCAAGAGAAGAUACAACAUUAAGCUAUGGAAGACAUUUACUGAUUGCUUCAACUGCCUCCCCAUUGCAGCAAUCAUUGACGAAAAAAUCUUCACUAUGCACGGUGGUUUGAGUCCAGAUCUGAACUCCAUGGAGCAAAUCCGUCGUGUCAUGCGACCAACUGAUAUUCCUGAUUGCGGUCUCCUUUGCGAUCUCCUCUGGUCUGAUCCAGACAAGGAUAUCACCGGCUGGAGCGAAAACGAUCGUGGUGUAUCAUUCACAUUCGGUCCCGAUGUUGUUUCUAGGUUCUUACAAAAGCAUGAUAUGGAUUUGAUAUGCAGAGCUCAUCAAGUCGUCGAGGAUGGUUACGAGUUCUUCUCAAAGCGGCAAUUGGUAACACUCUUCAGUGCGCCCAACUACUGUGGAGAGUUUGACAAUGCCGGAGCGAUGAUGAGUGUGGAUGAGAGUUUGCUAUGUUCAUUCCAGAUUUUAAAACCAGCGGAGAAAAAACAAAAGUACGUCACAACAGGUGGUCUAGGUGCCUCCAGCAGGCCCGUCACUCCGAGGAAAAAAUAA